AUAAAUAUGGCGGACAAUUUUACUACGCUCUCUGUAACUGCCCAGAGCAAUGACUGUGACCUGUACGCUCACCACAGCACAGCCAGGGUGCUAAUGCCUCUGCAUUACAGCCUGGUCUUCGUCAUCGGGCUGGUGGGAAACUUGUUGGCCUUGGUCGUCAUUGUUCAAAACAGGAAAAAAAUCAACUCUACUACCCUCUAUUCUACAAAUUUAGUGAUUUCUGAUAUACUUUUUACCACUGCUUUGCCAACGCGGAUAGCCUACUAUGCACUGGGCUUUGACUGGCGAAUCGGCGACGCCCUGUGUCGGGUCACUGCUCUAGCAUUUUACAUCAACACCUAUGCGGGUGUGAACUUCAUGACCUGCCUCAGCAUUGACCGCUUCUUCGCUGUGGUGCACCCUCUACGCUACAACAAGAUGAAAAGAGUUGAACACGCAAAAGCCGUCUGUGUAUUUGUCUGGAUUCUCGUAUUUGCUCAAACCCUCCCACUACUCAUCAACCCCAUGUCAAAGGCGGAGCCUGAAAGGACGACAUGCAUGGAAUAUCCGAACUUCGAGGACAUGAAGUAUCUCCCCUGGAUCCUGCUGGGCGCUUGCUUCAUAGGAUAUGUGCUUCCGCUUGUCAUCAUUCUUAUCUGCUAUUCCCAAAUCUGCUGCAAACUCUUUAAAACUGCCAAGCAGAACCCACUAACGGAGAAAUCCGGUGUAAACAAAAAGGCUCUCAACACGAUUAUCUUUAUCAUUGUUGUGUUUGUUCUGUGUUUCACACCUUACCAUGUUGCAAUCAUUCAACACAUGAUUACAAAGCUCCGUCUGCCUGAGCCUCUGGACUGCAGCCGACGACACUCGUUCCAGAUUUCUCUGCACUUUACGGUAUGCCUGAUGAACUUCAACUGCUGCAUGGACCCUUUUAUCUAUUUCUUUGCGUGCAAAGGUUACAAGAGAAAGGUUAUGAAGAUGUUGAAACGUCAAGUCAGUGUAUCAAUUUCCAGUGCUGUCAGGUCAGCUCCUGAUGAAAAUUCUCGUGAAAUGACAGAAUCGCAGAUGAUGAUACAUUCCAAGUCUUCAAAUGGCAAGUAGAAAAGAUUACAUUCCGGAUUUAUAGCAAGGUAAACUGCACGAGGAACUCUGCUGGACUUUUCAUGAGAAGCAAAAUGACCAUUCACCUCUCAAGAAGGAUUCCUUCCAAUUCUUUUCACUGGGCACUAUUUCUCACCUCCAACUUGGAAGUGAAACUGUUACACACACAUACAUGUAUGUGUGUGUACAUUUAUAUAUAUGCAUCUAUCAGCUCAAGAGAACAUUAUGCAAAGCUCUAAUCUGUAAAUGAAUCAGAUGCCAAAAGGGAGGUGCUACCGUACUGUCACGGUAAAAAGAAAAGUUUUGUGCUAACAAAAAAAUUCAAUCAUUAAUAUUUCCUGCCAAUAAAUUGGCAAAAGAAAAGAGACUGAUCAGAUUGUACAUUGCAGAUGUAAAAAUGUUAAUACUGUAACAUAUUUUUGGUAACAUUUCUUAAAUUCAUGUUUCUUUCAAUUUCAGAUUUUAUCUCCUCAAUACCACCAGUUGUUUUGGUUGUGUUUGUUUUGUUCCCAGUCAUAACUCUGCUGCAAAGAACUCUUUUGGAACAAAGAGCAGGAUGG